AUGUCAAAGUUGGGCAGACUCUUUGGCGUGCUGUCUUCGUCAUUGCACCUUCCGUCGCUCCAUGAAAAAGACAAGGAUAAGGAGAAACAUCCUCCUCAGGUGAAAACUCCUGAUAGAGAAAAAUGGCUGCUUCUGCCUCAGCUGUCGGCUCCACAGUCGCCGGUGCCUCGUGAGUCUGCAAAGAAUGGUGCUUCUGAUGCAAAGCUUGCUUCUCCACUGAUCCCUGAAGAUGGUGAUGAUGUCUUGUAUCCUUUGCCUGCUGACAAACGGUUGCUUUCACAGCAAGGGCUGCCGAAAAUCGCUGCUCUGGCGGGACCUGAUAACGGAGCGCUUGCGGGCGUUCAGUAUGACCAUUUGGUCCAUCCACAACCGCUAAUGCUGGCUCUUCAGGAUAGCUUCCCACAGAAAUCUCCUCCCACUUCACGCCCGCUGUCGGCAAACUCACAUUCGGCUGCUCAGCAGCGAAAAUCUUCUGGCCUGGGCCCGGCGGGUGCUACGCUUACUGCUCCUGGUGCUUCGGGAUCUAAGCUGACGUCAGUUUCCAGAUCUCUGAGUGCCAAACGGAAAACGCCGCAGAGCACCCUGCGUCUGCUGGGAAACUUGUCUCCUACGGGCUCCCAGACUCAUUUGCCUAGUGCCGCUACAGCUCCUCCCAAACAGCGGUUUAAGAUACUUGAAGAUGGUUUCCACGAGCACAACUUGCGUGCUACUAAGCGCCAGGAGAAACUUAGCAAUAUGCUUAAGGAUCUUUUGGGUGCUAAGAAACUUCGAGACGAAGCCAAGCUGGCCGUGCCAAAUAUCCUCUCGCCAGUUCAAAAAGAUGCAGAAAACAAGCCUAAAGACCCUGAAAAACCUCCCACUCUUUUUGCUGGUUUGGUCAACCAGGUGAAAAACAACACAUCUCCGUACCAGGUGCACGGUGAGCUUCUAGACCCGAUGAGCCAGCAGGACUGUCGUUCUUUUGUCGAGAAGUACGGCAGAUGCCAGGAAGUCAUUGGUAAAGGCUCCUUUGGUGUUGUUCGUGUAGCCCACAAGAAGGUUGAGGCUUCCGCUACGAGUUCCGAUGAGGUUUUGUACGCUGUUAAGGAGUUUAAGAGACGUCCAAACGAAUCAGAAAAGAAGUACUCUCGUCGUUUGACUUCGGAAUUUUGCAUUUCCUCCUCCUUGAAACAUCUCAAUAUCAUUGAUACACUUGAUUUGCUUAAAGACGCCAAGGGCGAUUACUGUGAAGUCAUGGAAUUCUGCUCUGGUGGUGACUUGUACACCUUGAUUAUCGCUGCUGGUAAGCUUGAAUACGCUGAAGCUGACUGUUUCUUUAAACAGCUCAUACGAGGUGUCAACUACAUGCAUGAUUUGGGUGUUGCCCACCGAGAUUUGAAACCAGAAAACUUGCUUUUGACCCAGCAAGGUGUUUUGAAGAUUACUGAUUUCGGUAACGGUGAGUGCUUCAAGAUGGCCUGGGAAGAAGAGAUCCAGCUCAGUGAAGGUAUCUGCGGCUCGAGUCCAUACAUUGCUCCUGAAGAGUUCACCCAGGAGCAUUUUGACCCUCGUUGCGUUGAUAUCUGGGCUUGUGGUGUCAUCUAUAUGGCCAUGAGAACCGGUCGCCAGUUAUGGAAGUUGGCAGAUCCCAAGAAAGACGAGUUUUUCCAAGAGUACUUGACCAAGCGGAAGGACGCCACAGGAUAUGAGCCUAUUGAGGCGUUGAAGCGUGCCCGUUGUCGUAAUGUGAUCUACUCGAUCUUAGAUCCAAUCCCCAACCGUCGUAUCAAUGGCAAACAGAUUCUUAAUAGUGAAUGGGGCCGCGAGAUCAAGGUCUGCGCUGCUGGAGACGGCCAGCUCCAGGCAUCGGUGCUUAAUGGCAAACAGGAAUAA